ACGUCAUUUUUGAAAGGAGCCUUACAUGAAGUGCAUGUAAGGUCGCAAUAUGAAGAUAUGGGUAUUGGUUUUAUUAUAUUUUUGGGGUCGAGGAACUGCAGAAGACUUUCCAUCGUUGAUUACAGCGAAUGCUUCAAUUGCCGUAGUCAUGGACCGACAGUUCCUAGGGGAGCAAUAUCAAUCAAUGUUGGAAGAACUGAAGGAAUAUAUAAAGGAAUUGGCGCGGGUUGACCUGAAACAUGGUGGUGUGAUCGUCCAUUAUUAUUCUUGGACUUCAAUCAGCCUGAAAAAAGGUUUUAUAGCGGUCUUCAGUGUGGCAUCUUGCGAGGAUACGUGGUCUUUGUUCUCGAGGACCGAAGAGGAAGAGCUGCUUCUUUUCGCACUGACAGAAGUCGAUUGUCCUCGGCUACCGGUGGAUAGAGCGCUGAUGGUUACUUACACGGAGCCGGGGCAGGAGUUGGCACAGCUGAUGCUGGAUUUGAGGACGACGAAAGAGAUCGACUGGAAAUCUGCCAUCAUACUACAUGAUGCAACGUUAAACAGGGAUACAAUAUCGAGGGUCGUUCAGUCACUGACGCGGCAAAUAAAUGACGAGAAGGUGUCGUCAGUAUCGUUAUCUGUGUACAAAAUGAAGCACGAAGUCAAUGAAUAUUUAAGGAAGAAGGAAAUUCGUCGAGUAUUAUCCAAAUUGCCUGUCAAAAAAAUAGGUGAGAACUUUAUAGCGGUGGUGACUUUAGAAGUGAUGUUGGCUAUAGCGGACACAGCGCGCGAGCUGGCGCUAUCGCACGGGCAGGCGCAGUGGCUGUACGUGGUGGCAGACACGAGCGCGCGCAGUGGCGACCUCGCGGCGGCCAUCGAUAUAUUAUAUGAAGGAGAAAAUGUUGCUUAUAUCUACAAUGCCACAGAUAAUAGUACGGAUUGUAAGAAUGGCUUGAUGUGCUACUGUCGUGAGAUGAUGAAGGCAUUAAUUUCUGCACUGGACUCGGCUGUACAGGAUGAAUUCGAUAUAGCAGCUCAAGUAUCUGACGAGGAGUGGGAAGCGAUUAGACCAACGAAAUUGCAACGAAGAAACGAUCUCUUGAAACAUAUACAGCAACAUAUGCAAGUGAACAGCAGAUGCGGUAAUUGUACCACUUGGCGGGCAACGGCGGCGGACACCUGGGGCGCUACCUAUCGCCAAGUCGACCCCACAACAACUAACGUUAACAGCACCAAUGGAGUUAUAGAGGAGAUUAAAAUGUUACAAGUUGGUACUUGGCGGCCGGCAGAUGGCGUGACGUUCAAUGAUGUUCUGUUUCCUCAUGUAGCGCACGGAUUUCGAGGGAAGGAGCUACCUAUUAUAACGUAUCAUAACCCUCCAUGGACAAUACUGCAGACGAACGAAUCAGGAGCUAUCAUCAACUACGGCGGCCUUAUUUUUGAUAUUGUUAAACAGCUUGCGAGGAAUAAGAAUUUUACAAUCCGGCUUUUACUGGCGAAUAAUUUCAAACAGAACUAUUAUAACAGCACAUCUAUAGACACGAUUCACAGCCAAAGUGGCAAGUUAGCAAUGUCAGCGGUUGCCAAAGGGAAAGCGGCGUUUGGCGCGGCCGCGUUCAGUGUGCUGCCGGACACAAUGCCAGGUAUAAACUACACCCUAGCAGUGAGUACACAGCCUUAUGCGUUCCUAAUCGCGCGUCCUCGGGAGCUCAGCCGAGCCAUGCUUUUCCUGCUACCUUUUACAGCUGAUACGUGGUUAUGUUUAGGGUUUGCAGUAGUUCUCAUGGGGCCUACAUUAUACGUGGUUCAUCGUCUUAGCCCUUAUUAUGAAGCUAUGAAGAUAACUCGGCAAGGAGGUUUGUCUACAAUACACAAUUGUCUAUGGUAUAUUUAUGGAGCAUUGUUGCAACAAGGUGGUAUGUAUCUCCCUCGAGCGGAUAGUGGUCGUUUAGUGGUCGGAACUUGGUGGUUAGUUGUGUUAGUAGUGGUGACCACAUAUUCGGGCAAUCUGGUUGCUUUUCUUACAUUUCCAAAGCAGGAGGUGCCUGUUACUACGGUGGCUGAACUGCUGGAAAAUAAAGAAGUGUAUACAUGGUCGAUUAAAAAGGGAUCUUAUUUAGAGAUGGAAUUAAAGAAUUCGGAUGAACCCAAAUACAUUUCUCUACUCAAAGGCGCGGAAUUAUUGACGUCCUCUGCCAGUGUAGAAAGCAAUCAUCGUUCAGUUUUAGACAAAUCGAUAUUAAACAGAGUUCGUAAACAAAGACAUGUGAUAAUAGACUGGAAGAUGCGACUUAGUUACGUGAUGCGAGCCGCCACGCUCGCUACUGAUAGAUGCGACUUUACCAUCAGUGCGGAAGAGUUUAUGGACGAAAAGGUGGCAAUGAUCGUUCCAGCUGGUAGUCCUUACCUUCCAGUCAUUAAUAAGGAGAUAUACCGUAUGCAUAAAGCAGGUCUAAUAACAAAAUGGCUGAGUAACUAUCUGCCGAAGCGUGACAGGUGCUGGAAGACCACGAUAGCUUCACAAGAGAUUGACAAUCACACUGUUAAUUUAAGAGAUAUGCAGGGAUCAUACUUUGUUUUGUUUCUAGGUUUUUUCAUAGCUUUUGUAGUACUUUUAAUGGAAUGGAUGUAUAGGACGAGAAAGAAUAGAAAAGAAAACAUUAUCAUCAAGCCCUACACUGAAUAACUUGAUUUUUUUUAAAUCAUCCGAUCGCAAACCAUCUUGCCUCCUCAUGAAUUCGCCGAAAU